CGAGGGGUGCGGGUGACCCGGUGGCGGGGACACCUUCGACGACAGACGUCCCGACGCUACCCCGAGGGAGAGACACGUCGCGAUACGCGGUGCCCGCGUGUUUUCUUUGCCGGGAGCUUUUGGUCUACGCGCGGUAAAGGUCGCGGCUUGAAAGGUGGAGGGCCAGGGCACGACAAAAACGACGGAGACGAGAAGCGGCUCGGACGAAGGCCCGGAAGUAACGGGCCCCACUCUGAGCGGCCUGCUGGCGAAUCUGCCGUUAGCGGGCCCCCAGCGUCUCGCCAACUCUCUGCGACAAAAAUUUGCUAACAACUCUGGUAACCCCCGACCUGGCCUGAUGCGCGCCGCCACCUCCGUCGAAAAGCUCGAGGUCGUCGAGGUUACCGCCUAUUGACCUGGCCCCUGGGGUUAGCGAGUCACCGUGGGCCCAGGCGCUUCGCGCCUCUUGGGCCUGUGCAGCUAUGACUACGAUACCGAUAAUCAACAUGGAGUUCGGAGAGCUGAAGGAGGUCGUUUGGACGAAACUCCAGGAGCCGAAGUCGCAGCGUAAAUUGAUCCUCGUCAUCGUCUCGAUAGCCCUGCUCUUGGACAACAUGUUGUACAUGGUAAUCGUGCCAAUUAUCCCCGAUUAUCUUAAGUACGUCGGAGCAUUCGGCGACGAGCCAGAGACCAACAGCACGGUGACGGGCCCACCCUCCCAUCACGGUCAGGACUCGGCGACGGGUAUCCUCUUUGCCUCGAAAGCUAUUGUCCAGCUGAUGGUGAACCCCUUUUCCGGCGCGCUGAUCGACAGGAUCGGCUACGACAUACCCAUGAUGAUUGGACUGACCAUAAUGUUUCUGUCCACCGCCGUUUUUGCCUGUGGCCGAAGCUACGGAAUCCUCUUCUUCGCCAGGAGCCUCCAAGGCGUGGGAUCCGCAUUCGCGGACACAGCUGGUCUCGCCAUGAUAGCCGAUCGUUUCACCGAGGAAGCGGAGCGGUCGAAAGCGCUCGGAAUCGCCUUGGCUUUCAUCAGCUUCGGAUGUUUGGUAGCGCCUCCUUUUGGCGGGGCGCUCUACCAGUUCGCCGGCAAGGAAAUGCCCUUCCUCAUCCUCGCCUUCGUCAGCCUACUAGACGGUUUCAUGCUUCUUCUCGUUAUGAAACCACUGAAGGAACAGCUCAAGGACAGGAACAGAGACAGGGGUCCGACGAUUCCGAUCUGGCGUCUGUUCAUCGAUCCCUAUAUAGCGGUGUGCGCCGGUGCUCUGAUGAUGUCCAACGUCGCUCUGGCGUUUCUUGAACCAACCAUAUCCCUGUGGAUGGAGGACAACAUAACUCACGACAACUGGAAGAUGGGGAUGAUCUGGCUACCCGCCUUCUUCCCGCACGUAUUCGGGGUUGUGAUAACCGUCAAGAUGGCCAAGCAGUACCCUCAGUACCAGUGGCUGAUGGCAGCCUGCGGACUGGCGCUGGAGGGACUGUGCUGCUUCAUAAUUCCAUUUUCGACCUCCUACAAGGUCCUGAUGAUACCGAUCUGCGGCAUCUGCUUCGGAAUCGCUCUGAUUGACACGGCUCUGCUUCCAACCCUUGGAUACCUUGUCGACGUGCGAUACGUUUCGGUUUACGGUAGCAUCUACGCCAUCGCCGACAUUUCUUACAGCGUCGCGUACGCGGUGGGUCCUAUAAUAGCCGGUGGUGUCGUCGAAGCGAUCGGAUUCACCGCGCUUAACAUCGGCAUUGCCUUUUCCAACCUGAUGUACGCACCGGUUCUCUACUACCUGAGGCACAUUUACGACUUCAAGCCCUUCCAGGACGAGGCGAACGUCCUGAUGCAGGAUCCUCCGGACAAAGAGUAUCAGACGUAUGUACUUCAGGAGCAAAGACCGGUUAAUGGCGAGGUGGGAAACCACUUGACCCACGGUAGAAUCGAGACAAACAUCGAUCAGGCGUCGGACUAUCCCACUGAUCAGUAUAAUCCGUCCCAAAACGGGUACGAAGGAAGUGGAUACAACCAGAGCAGAGGCUACGAGCAACAGCCGCAAGGCUACGGCCAGCAACCAACGAGCUUCGGAGGUCAGAGUGGAUAUUCGGCACCGCCGCAAGCUCCGCAACAAACAACGCAGCAGGCGUUCGGACAGCAACGAAGCUACGGCCAGGCGGAACAGAGCUUUGGACACCAACCGAGCUACGGUCAGCCGAAGCAGCCUCAGCACGAACCCCAAGGGGACGCGAAUCCCUUCAGGCGGUCCGUUGAGCCCGAAAAACCUGCCGGGGACAGCAAUCCGUUUAGGCAGGGGAUGUUCUAGUCAUUCGAUGCAUUUCGAACUCCCUAGUAAACGUUUCAAAAGUACUGAAUUAAGAACCAGAGAGCAAUAAUCGGACCACGCCGGAACGAUGUUGGACAGGUAUGAUGUUAUGCUGGUUCGAAAACCUCGGGAAGAGUUCUUGUUCUUCGGGUGUGCGGAAGCAAGAUGUCUUCUCCGGGAGUACGGAGUGCCUGCCGAGAGUGAGUGUGACGAGAAAAUAUCUUCAUGCUGUUUAUGCUUCCCAAAUGAAUGUUACGAUUUUUUGUCAGGAUAGUUGCAUUAUUAGCACUCACUGUGUCUCAUGUUGUUUGUUAGCUUAUUUUCGUAUGUUUUAGGAAAUAAUUUGUCGUUGGCAGGUUCUUUUGAGUUCCUUCGCUUUUUUCAGCAGAGUGCUUUUAAAAUUAUUUCAAGAUGAAUGGUGGAGAAUCUUUGCGUAGGAUAAACUAACGAAUAUUCUAAAAACUGCAAGUUAGCUAAAUUAUAUGUAACGAAUGUCAGUUUCUUUUUUUGGCGUGAACGGUGCAGCGAUGCGAGAAAGUAAAAGUUUUUUAAUGAAAUAUUGUUCCGGUAUUUGGGGGAUGGAUUGACGGCCUUGACAAAUGAAUCUAUCGAGUUCCGAGAGAUAAUUCGGGGCGUAAUUUUAGGGUGAAAGGUAUUUGUGACGUACAAAUGCGAUGCACGUUAGUCCCGAGAGUGGUGAAGGACUGUUCUUCCGGAGCAAUCCAAUUCCCUCGAGGAUCAAGCACUGUUUAGUUUAGAGGGAUUUGAACGAACGAGCGAGUGAGUGUGCAAGAGUUGAUAGAUAUGUAUAUAAAUGUACGUUACUAAACGGAGCUCGCUCGCAAGGCCAAAGUUGGACGGUCGAGUUUCCCAGUCAGCAAGGGAUCCUCUUCAAGACAUCAUUGGUCGAGCGAGUUCCGUAUUAUUUAUUGAUAGUUAUAUCUUAUUUUCGUUGCGUUGAAUAUCUCAGUUGCUGAACCAAGAUAACAUAUCAGGGUCCCAGAUCAGGGGCCCGAAACCCUAGUCUGUAAAGUGUUAUAGGUAAAUAAAUAGACCGAGGGUCACAUCUUAGUUUCACAAACUUUUUCGGAACAACGUCACGAGCUUUUAGUUGAACUUUAUCGCCUAUGCCAAAGCUCUGAAACCGAGAUGUCACACUCGGUUAAAUUACUCAUAUAUUUAGAUUAAUGAAAUGUAGCGCGUACAAGCAUUCGGUAUGUAAUGUCAGUUAACGAUUAAAGUCCAGUGAAAAGACGUACAAAUAUGUCUUUAUUUUUACAGGCGUACUUUUCGCUCUGGUAUUGAUUUGAAUUCAAUUGGGUUACGUGCAAUUUUAUGCGGAAUUAACACACGUCAUCUGCAUGAUUUAUCUGGUGGAAAAUGAAUUUAGAACUUUAAUCCAUUCCGGAAUCACAGAUUAUAAAAAUGACGCAUACAGCGUGUUGAAGAUUCAAACUUAUACUUGCAGUGCAAUAAAAUCCGUUGAACGCGAUUCAUUCGAGUUUUGUAAAUAUUUUAUAAGCUACAUAUUUUUUUCGUUGCCAUAUAUUUUGUUUAUAGAAGAUAUAUUCUCUUUACUAUAUAUUUUAUGAAGUCUACGAUUAUGAUCUGACUUUCGUUUAUAAGGUAACAGUGGUGUUUGUCCUUCGAGCAUAGAACGACCAUAAAAUUCCCCUGAUUCGGUAACCAUUGAUUUAGAUUUCUGAGUAUUAUUUUCAAAUGUGAUAUUUUUUUUAACUGGACGCUAAAUAUGUAUACGCUCAUCUACCAUAUGCGUACUAUAGGGACCAUUCAAAUAUUGAAUACCUCUAUUUUGUCCUAUUUCAGAUCCCCAAUCACCCUCUACGCAUUUCAAAAUUGGUCACGGAGACUUUCAUUGAUCCUUCCGUGAUAAAUUUUCCACCUUCCCAAGCAAUUUUCAUAAUAUUCCGAAAUUCGCGAGCUACCGUACAAGUACAAAAGGGAAUACAGGUUUUUCUAAAAUUGAAUUCGUCAACGGAAAAUAUAGUAUAACCUUUAAUUUUUAAAGAAACUAAUUUUGAUGUCAUAAGCUUUUGUUUGACGGAAUAAAGCUUUCAAAUUUAUUCAAUAAACUUUCUAUUUUUGGAAUACAGUUAAUUUCGCGGAUAGUUAUAAUUUGCAAAAUAAAGCAUAACCUGGCCUUUUCGAAAUUCUUUAUUUCACUCUACGUUAUAGGCGCGGAACACUCCAUUUUCUUGUUUUUGAUCUUCUAUCCUCCAAAAAUGUACAAUAAUAUUUGAAUGACCCCCUGAGUAAUUAUUAUUAUAUUCGAUAUGCUAACCUAUAACUAUAGAUAUUAAUAACAACACAACAAUACUGAAUAUAAAUUGAUAUACCAAUUACAGUCUAACAUAUAAAUAAUUGUAUAUUACAAAUACAUGAUACACAUAGAUAUAUGUAUACAUAUAUAUUAAUAUUAGCUGUGUUAGCUUCUUUUAUCUCUUGUAAAUAUUAGCGUUAAAUUCCAUCGUCCUGUAAGAUCUCUAAUAUCUGCCUGCUGUAUUAUAAAAGUAUAUUAUAACAUAUUGAUUGCGAAUCAUGUCGUAUACAUUUAUAUCUAUCUAAUAUAAAUGUAUCUGCAUGUGUAUUGUUAUGAAAUUAUUUACGUAGAGUAAUUAUAAUUUCGACAUAUCACGCAAUGAAAGUCAUCGAUGAAAGUACUUAGAAAUCCGAAGCGUAUAUCAUUCCGUGCUAGAUUUAAAUAUACAUAUAUACACAAAUAUUUCAAACAUAUAUUAUAUUAACAUUUAUUUACUAGUAUGACAUACUAGUAUUCACAAAACCGUGUCAGAUUCAGGUUAUAUGAAAUAUUAUAAACUGUGAGGAUGUAUGUAAUUUAAUUAUACGCCACUGUAACGUUGUUGAACCAGUUAUUAAAACGUCAUUGUUACCGAAGAA